AUGGUGGCGCUAUGGAAUGGUGAGUAUAUGCUAUCGAUGGGAAGCAAGGUGGUCCCUGUACAGGGGGAUGAGCCCAGUUGGGAGGGAGUGAUAGAAUUGUCAGAAUACGCAACUCGGCUGAGUUUGUCAUAUCCGUACUUGGUGGCACUGACACCUAGAUCCUGCGAAGUAAGAUGCCUGUUUUCGCGUAUAAGAAUGGAGCAGUCUUUCGUAAUAGGGGGGGCAAGGUGGAUGGCAACGAGCGAGAACGUGGGAGAAGGAUGGGAAAGUUCGAAGUUGAGGUGUGGUGGAGCGGUGUACAUAGCAAGUAGAAGGCAAAUAUGGUCUCUGAAUCCGUGUCCGGUAACCGAGCAAUUGGAAGAAUUGAUGGAGGCUUCGAGAUAUGAGGAGGCUACAUUGCUAUGCAGGUGUCUGAGUCGGCUGGAUCUGCCGAAUCGGGAUCGUCUGCUAUCAAAAGCGCGCACUCGGCAAGCAUUUCGGUGGUUUAGAGAGGGCCAAUACGCCCGGGCAUUGCAAGUGCUCUCGACGCUGAAGACGAACGCGUUGGUGGUGUUAGGAAUGUAUCCUCGGCGCCGAUGGCGCUGGAGCGAAGAGAAAGAGGAGAGCUUACUACCAGAAAAGUGGUGGAAUAUCACGCAAUCGAUGGAUUACGAGCAAGCUUCUAGUACGCUGGAGGUGAUCGAUUUGGAUCGGUCCAUAAGGGAAUUGAUUGGGUAUUUGUGGGAAGAAAGACACAGAUGGCAUAAUGAGGCCGUUGCGAAUGUAGAAGAAAGAACACCUUCCGAGUCAAAUGAUGGGCAUUUUUACAGUUUUUUCCCUUCUAAUCAUGCAGGCACAGCGCUAUCCGCUGAUUCUGAAAAGACCCCUUGGAAUGACACGUCUGAUUUACCGGUCGUCGUAGACACUGUCUUGCUCCAAAUUCUACUUCACCUCGACGAAGGCGAACAGUUACUCUGGCUUCUCAGUGGCGAUAACCACUGCCAUCUUGAGCGUUGCGCCGACCUUUUGAUGCGUCUCUCCAAAUACCGAGAAUUGCUCAUGCUCUACCGAGGACACGGAGAGCACGAAGCGGCACUCAAAUGGCUCAAAAUGAAAGUUCUUGUCGACCAGUCAACCGAUCGGCCAUCUCGUCCAAUCGAAAGCGACGGCCGCCUCGAUUUGAUCGGCAGCGCUAGACGCUCGUCAACGACCAACCAUCAAUCACCCACCGACCGCCCUCACACCAAUUAUCAGGGCAAUCCCAGUCUCCUCGAACCCGGAGAAUGGCAAUAUACUCUGAUCGCUCUGAAAAAUGGAGACCAAUUCGAUUCAGUGACCUCCAUGAUCGCCUACCUUUCCACUCUAACUUCUCAUCAUCUGCAACUUAUCUUCAACUACAGCUCUGAUCUGCUUCGGCUGCAUCCGAGAGAAGCCCUCCGCGUCUUCACCUCUCAACGCCUUGACCCCUCCAUGAAUCUCCCUCGAAUAAGCGUCCUCGAGUACUUGAAACAACAGUCCCAAAAGGCCCUAGAAGGACAACAAUCGGUACCGCCUGUCAAAAAUUCGAACGAAGAACUCCAAGAAGGGCCGCCCGGCAACAGGCCCAGUAAUGAGGUGCAUCCUAGCCACGACGAGUCGGCAAGAGCAGACUUGGUCCGAGACUACUUGGAAGAAAUGAUUUUCGCCAACGGAGACCAAACUCUCGAAUUUCAUGAUGAAUUGCUCAAAUUGUACCUUGACCCCCUCCUGUCUUCAGCCAUCGAUCUCUCGACAUGGGAAAACAGUCGAGAUCAAAAACAUUUAUUGAAGCUGUUCGAAAUCAGCCACUCCUUGCGUCCAGAGUACAUUUUGUCUCAUUAUCCUCUGACUGAAUAUAGUCUGUACCGAGAAAAGGCUGCUCUGCUUGCAAAGCUGGGCGAGCACAAAGCUGUGCUCAAAGAGUGCAUUUUCAAACUCCGAGACCUGCAAGAAGCCGAGGCCUAUUGCGAAAAGAUAACCGCAGAGUCGCGCGAAUCUUCUCUAGAAAUUAGCAAUGCCUCGUACAACGUCGAUGCGCCUGCGCACACAACCAUUUUUUGCCAAUUUCUAGAACUGCUAUUACAGCCGCCUUCUCAGGAGGAGAACGAGACCGUGUACCAAGCACGCCUUUCGUACGCCUGGACUCUGCUAGAAAAACACUACCGUCGCUUCCCGUUGCAGCGAGUCUUCAGCACUCUACCCACCGACACGCCACUCCAGCGCGUACAGGGAUACCUGGAAUUGGUUUUGAAGGACAUGGUGCAGUUGCAAAGGCAUACUCAGGUGCUGCUCAAUAUGGAGCAGAGCAAUGCUUUCCAUACUACAAUUGCGCACAAGCAACUGCAGGCGAAAUACGUUAACGUUGACGAAAAUACAAACUGCAAGAAAUGUCAAAAAAAAAUCGGUCUUUCGAUAUUCAUAUACAUUCCCGGUAACGGUGAUACAAUGCAUUACCAAUGCUACAAGGCUGGAAAGCAUCGCUAUGGGAAGGACUCGUCCCCGGAUUCUCAAAGUGCGAGCACCUUGUAUCUAUAGAUUGACUGCGCUAUGGAUCGGCAAAUAGAUACAGUGAGACGUAUUUCUCUUACACGAAUAGGCAUGUCCAGUGCUCUUCACGGAUAUGCUCAAAGCACAUGAAACAGAGCAACGCGGCUCUCCGAAAAGGUGCGUCAGGAAGUGUGCAUACCAGUUUAGGGAUAGUGGCUAGACUGCAAAACGUAUGAAAGGUACCGCCCUCACGCGCCGAUGUGUUGGAGAGUGUAUGUUGCAAAGCGUGGUAAAUGUCGAAUUGGCACAAAAAAAAGUACACAGUAUGGUCUAGUCCACACACGAGACGGGCUAUUUGUACAGAUUCUGUUGUACGAUUUUGUCUUGUAGCAUGUCUUCAUACACGUGGUCAGGAUGUGUGCGGUUUCUUCAGCGCAGACAGAUCAAAAAGAUGAUGUGCGACCUGCAACCACCAAAUAUGGGGGCGUUACCGUUCAGCGAUAGCUGUAAAAAUAAUUGCGGCUCUUAGUGACCGAAACAAAGAGCACUUUUGGACGGAAAGGGACGUUUGGCAGAACGGAUCACAGAAUCUGUAUUAACAAAAAUCCUACGCGCACAAAACGCACGUGUGCGGCCUGGCUAAGGCUGGAUGAGACAGA